UAAGUGUACGCAACAGCCCUUGUCCCCCACAAGCGUUGCAGGCUAUUCAGGUGAUAUUUGCCUGUGCUUUGUUGUUGUUGUUGUUGCUCGUUUUAGAGAAGCAGACGUCUCUUGGCGUUUCCUCGCUCCCAUGUGCUGAUUCAUGCUCCCGGUUCGGAGAGGGGUUGGUCUAAGGGUUAAAUAAUUAUUUUAGACAUCGCAAAGGGUGGACUGGGGCGAGCUGUAUCCGGCAGUGGGAGCUCAGGGCAGCCAGUUACACAGCUGCGACCUAUUUGGGAGGAGCGGUCGGCAAGAAGAGAUGGCGAAUAGUUUGGAUGACUUGACCAUGGACGAGCACGUAAUAUUGGAAUUCGACGGCAGCGAAUUCGACUACCCGUUCCCGGACAACGAGAGCGGCUACGGGAACGACACGGGCUACUUGGGGAACGACACGGGCUACUUCGACAACGUGGGCACGUGCUGCCCGCACCCGUGCAAGCUGAGCGACAUCAGACGCUUCAACAAGGUCUUUCUGCCCGUCGUCUACUCGCUGGUGUUCGCCUUCGGCUGCGCGGGCAACCUCCUCGUGGUGGUGGUGCUCGCGCGCUUCCGCAGGGUCAUGGUGGCGGCCGACACCUACAUGCUCCACCUGGCAGUGGCCGACCUCCUCUUCGUCGCCACCCUCCCCUUCUGGGCCACGUACCGCGCCUCCCAGUGGACGUUCGGCAAUGACGCUUGCCGCCUCAUCUACGGCGUCACGAGCGUCAACUUCUACAGCAGCAUCUUCCUGCUCGGCUGCAUCAGCGUGGACCGCUACCUCGCCAUCGUGCACGCCGUGAAGACGCACUGGUGCCGACGGGCCGAGCGCGUGCAGCUCAUCUGCGGCGUCGUGUGGCUCGUCUCGUUCCUGCUCACGGUACCGGACAUCGUGUACAGCCAGCAGGUGUUCGUGCCGCAACUCAACUCGACCGAGUGCGUGCAGAACUACUCGCCGGAGCAGGCUGACCGGUGGCGCUUCUCGAUCCGCAUGCUGCACCACACGCUCGGCUUCCUGCUCCCGCUCGGCGUGAUGCUCUUCUGCUACACGAGCAUCGGGGUGACGCUCGCGCGCUCGCAAGGCUUCGUGAAGCAGAAGGCCCUGCGCGUCAUCGUCGCCCUCGUCGUGACCUUCUUCGCAUGCUGGCUGCCCUUCAACGUGAGCGUCUUCGUCGACACGCUCACGCGGGCCGGCCUCGUCAGCCCGUCGUGCGACUUGUACGCGCGUCUCGACAAGAGCAUCGCGGUCACGGAGAGCCUGGGCUUCGCGCACUGCUGCCUCAACCCCAUCCUCUACGUGUUCGUGGGGGUCAAGUUCCGCAACAACGCGCUCAAGAUACUCGGGGACGCCGGCUGCGUGAGCCAGCGGUGGCUGAGCGAGCACGUCAAGUACCGCAGCGCUCGCGGGCGCAGCUUCGGAGCGUCCGUGGGCUCCGAGUCGGAGAGCACGGCGAGCUACACGAUGUGAACGGGGGACGGAUAGGGCAUGGCUCCGUCGCGCGCGCAUGCCUUCAACCCCGAGGUUUAACAAACAAAAAAAUUGUCGUGCAUUUUUAUUGUAAACAGCAACAACGCAGGCCUGUUACGGCGCGUUGCAUCGUGCGUGCAGCCAGGUGAUGUCGUUGGCGAAAAGAACAAUCCCAACGCGACGGAGCCAUUGAAGAGAAGGGGGGACUACCCAGAGAUAAAAAUAUAUAUAUAAAUACCAUUUGCUUUGUUGUUGUGACGUAAACCCACAUCGGCCACACGGGUCUCCCUCCCGGGAGUGUCAGGAAUGUCGGCCGCAUUGGUUCAACUGCAAGCAAAACUCCGGACCAGUUUCGGAAUGCGAGUGUCUCCAUCAGCAGUCGGGCUUGCUUGAACCAAUGCUGCCGUGCUGUACUGCCAGAUAUUUAGAGGCAAUGACUGCUUUUGACAUUCUCUUGGCUCACGAGCAGUCGGGCUUGCUUGCACAAAUGCUGGUGAAGUGCCAGGUGUUUCUAGGCAAGUGCCCUCUGUGAUUGAUAUUGGUCCUAGUCUCGACGCAAAACGAUAUGACACACGGGACAAAAUGAUCUCCAUGUAGAUCGCGCGCGUUUGUCUUUGAGGCUUAGGACCCGCGGACCCAGGUUCGAUUCCCGCUCACGGCCAACACCAGUGACGAUUAUCUGAACUGCACCUGAGCUUCCCCUAGGUAGACUCGGCCUCAAAUUAGCACCUGGCACGGUGUGUAAACAU